AGAAGAAGCCUCAAUAGCAGCGGAAGAUGUUACACCCGAUGAAAUCACAAACAAGGGCGAAGCUACUAGUGCUCCACCAGGAGAGUAUGCAGGGGAGCAGCUCAUCGUCGUGGCAAGUGAAACACCCGAGGCCGAGCAGGUCGGAGGGGAGGAUGAUGACGCUAGGAAAGUAGACACCGACGUUAACGCUGGUACAACUGCC